AUGGCCACUGAACAGACCUACAUCAUGAUCAAGCCCGACGGCGUGCAACGUAACCUCGUCGGCACGAUCAUCGCUCGUUUCGAAGCUCGCGGUUACAAGAUCGCCGCUCUCAAAAUGGUUCACGCUUCCGAAGAGCACCUGGAAAAGCAUUACGCCGAUCUCAAGGACAAGAAGUUCUUCCCCGGUCUCAUCAAGUACAUGGCUUCCGGUCCCGUCGUCUGCAUCGUCUUCGAGGGUAAGGACGCGGUCAGGACCGGUCGGGUGUUGCUCGGCGCUACGAACCCCUUGGACUCGGCUCCCGGUACUAUCCGUGGUGACUUUGCCAUCGAUGUCGGACGCAACGUCUGCCACGGUUCCGACUCGGUUGAGUCAGCUAAGAAGGAAAUCGCCCUUUGGUUCGGUGAGCAGAAGCCUACUAUCAGCUACCAGCGUGCUGUCGAUGCCUGGAUCUACGAGUAA